GGGCAUCUGCUUCCGGGUCAAAGGGCCCGGCGGCGACAUGGGGAAGAUGGCGGCGGCCCUGGGCUCUGUAGCGACGCUGGCGACAGAGCCUGGGGAAGACGCCUUUCGGAAACUUUUCCGCUUCUACCGGCAAAUUCGGCCGGGGACCGCAGACCUGGGAGGGGUCAUAGACUUCUCGGCGACCCACACCUCCCGCGACACGGGUCCUGCUGCCCAUAAGGUCGUCAGAUCUCAGCUAAGCGUGUCCUCAGUCAGUGAGCACGAUGCACGGAGAGCAGGACUUCAGCCAGUCAGCAAGUGGCGAGCGUAUGGCCUUGAAGGCUAUCCUGGAUUUAUUUUUAUCCCCAACCCCUUCCUCCCGGGUCACCAGUGGCACUGGGUGAAGCAGUGCCUUAAGUUAUACUCCCAGAAACCUAAUGUGUGUAACCUGGACAAACACAUGACUAACGAGGAGACCCAGGAUCUGUGGGAGCAGAGCAAGGAGUUUCUGAGGUGCAAAGGAGUGAAUAAACGGAGACCUCGGAGUUUACUGGAGAAGCUGCGCUGGGUCACCCUGGGCUACCAUUAUAACUGGGACAGUAAGAAAUACUCAGCAGAUCAUUAUACACCUUUCCCUUCUGACCUGGCUUUCCUCUCAGAGCAAGUGGCCGCUGCCUGUGGCUUUCAGGAUUUCCGGGCUGAGGCAGGCAUCCUGAACUACUACCGCUUGGACUCCACCCUGGGCAUCCACGUGGACAGGUCUGAACUAGAUCACUCCAAACCCCUGCUGUCCUUCAGCUUUGGACAGUCAGCCAUCUUUCUGCUUGGUGGCCUCCAAAGAGAUGAGACCCCCACAGCCAUGUUUAUGCACAGUGGUGACAUCAUGGUAAUGUCAGGUUCCAGCCGCCUGUUGAACCACGCAGUUCCUCGGGUCCUUCCGCACCCUGAGGGGGAAGGCCUGCCUCGCUGCCUGGAGACGCCUCUCCCAGUGGACCUGCCCAGAGACUCGGUGGUGGAGCCCUGUUCUGUGCAAGACUGGCAGGUGUGUUCCAACUACUUGAAAACUGCUCGGGUUAACAUGACUGUCCGACAGGUCCUGGCCACCGAUGAGGACUUCCCCUUGGAGCCCACAGAGGAGAAAAAAAGAGACCUCAGCAGUGGCGGGUCCUGCCGUCUGGAUGAUCACAACAGCCAAGUUAAACGGGCAAGGCCAAACCCCGACAGCUGAGACCUGCAGCUCCCGUUGUUUUAUACAGCGCGUCUUCCAGUGAAUGCCCACGCUGUUUUGUGUUGCUAGGAACUUGUCACCAAGACAAGCCAAAAGCAGACAGGGAGAGACUUAGCCUGAAUCAGACCGUUGCCUUGGAACACACCUCAAGCGGAAACUGGUCACCGCUUUGCUCAGAAAGUGUUUGCCAUGUUCCGGUCCUGUUCGAUGUUGGCUCUGCUGCGUGUCGACCAUACCACAGGGGUGUCAUCGUCUACAGCAGCUCUGUCGGCCUCCACCGUUACCGCGGCGGGAGGUGGAAGUGAGCUUCCGUGUCUGCGGAGUCGUUAAGUACCUCAGCUUUCACCGAUGGGAAAUGCAGUGCCCCUCUCCUCACUGCAUUGGGUACCUUGCGGGCUUCAGCGAGCCAGUAGACUCACCCUGACUCCCCCAUUGCCCCUGGAUUUUUGGAUCUGCCCUGGCUGUCACAGAAGAAUCCUGUAUACAUUGAGACAUUGAAACUGGAAAUCUUCUCCUCUAGAAAGAAAAUCAGUCACAGCCGUUUCUCUUGCCUAAACAGUAAAUAUUUGCAGACCCAAGGAUAGGGGACAGUGAUUUCUCCAUGUGUCUUAGGUCUCCAGAUGCUCCCUGUUUGAUUUGUAAUGCAGUUUUAAUUGUUGGGCCAAAAAAGCCCCAAGGGUAUUCUGUAAAUGUUUUCUCCAUGAAUAAACUCACUCAGUUUUAAAUUAAA